CCUUGUAAAUCCGUAUAUUUCAGUAAAUUAUUUCAUUGAAAUAAGCCAAUUCAAAAUGGUUACCCCCAAUGUAUUGCAAGUGUUUUAUAGUGUAGUUGAGAAGACUCUGAGGGAAGUAGGCAUCCUUGCCGGGAAAUCCGGAAGGCACAUGAAAUUUCCUUAUACUUUGUCUGCAAAAAUAGCUCAAUUCCCUAUGUUUCACUAUAUGAAAUAUAACAACAUCUGGAUGUAUUAUCCACUAGGCUGGGUCGUUGGUUUUUACUUAUUUUCAAAGAUUCAUAAUGUAGUAAACUCCGACGCAAAUGUAAGAAGUUGGGCCGAAAGCCAGAGAAAAAUAGCUGAAAAAGAAGCACAUCAUUAAGAAAACAUUGGUAGCAUAGCGUAA